AUGGCGGUGAUGCCCGCGCCAGCAGUGGCCCCGCCAUCACCUGUGUCAUUGGCCCCAGCAUCUCUCCGGCUCCCGGGGCCGUCCCAGGGUCCCGGCCCCGCCGCGCACCGCCGGGGCCGCCCGGCCGCCAUGGCGUGGCUGGAGGUGGACCGGGCCUUCCUCCGCUCGCCGUGGGGCUCGCUGAAGAUCUCCCGCACGAUACGGCCGGGGCUGGUGGCGCUGGCCGCCCUCUUCUGCUUCGUGGCCGCGGGGUCACACGAGGCCUACGCGGCACUGGCCGGCAUGGAGGCGGGGAUCACCAUCCUGUUCCUGCUGCUCUACCUGCUGAGGCUCGACGCGCGGAUUCGGGGCCUCUCCUGGCCGCUGGCUAAUGUUUUGGACUCGGUGAUUGCAGCGUUGUUCCUCCUCGUUGUGUCCUUGUUUGCAAUAAUAAUCAAGACCAACAAAGGGACAUUGGCUGGAGGAGUAAGUAGGAACAUUGUUAAUGAAUUUCAGUUCUUACAGUGCAGUGAUUUCAACCUCUUGGUACUCACGUUGUGGUAG